GUAGACACUCGAAAUAGCUUUGUGUCCCAUUUAUACCACGAAUUGCAGCACAGGGGCAUUAAAACAUUCAAGGAUGAUCCAAAGCUUGAAAGAGGGACAACCAUUUCUUCAGAGCUCCUUAAAGCAAUCCAAGAAUCAAGGCUUGCUAUCGUUGUUUUCUCGCCAAACUAAGCUUCCUCUUCCUGGUGCUUGGAUGAACUUACAAAUAUUCUCCAAUGCAUGAAAUCCAAGGGCAUGGUUCUGCCUGUGUUUUAUAAUGUGGAUCCCUCGGAUGUACGAAAACAAAGUGGCAGUUUUGCAGGCGCCUUCGCUGAGCAUGAGAAACGUUUUAGGGAAGAUAUAGAAAAGGUGAAGCGCUGGAGAGCUGCUUUAACAGAAGUUGCCAAUUUAUCUGGGUUGGAUUCAAAGAAUGAGUGUGAAAGAAAGCUCAUUGAAAAGAUUGUUGAAUGGGUGUGGGGGAAAGUGCUAGCACAUUCAAUUUGUUAGAUUCCACAGAGUUAGUGGGAAUUAAGUUUACACGUGAGCAAAUGGAUUUGCUUUUAGAUCCUACAGAUGAUGUUCGCUUUGUAGGGAUAU